AUGCCGCCCCGAUUGCAGAUUCUGCGGCUCGCCCGCCCGGUCCUCUCGACACCGCAACGGACAACGGUGCCGUUCGCCAUCCUCGCCCAGCAACGAUGCGCCUCGAUCCUCUCGUCGCUCUCGGACAACAAAGGCGCCUACAACAAGCGGAUCAAGCGUGGUCGCGGUCCGGCCUCGGGCAAGGGAAAGACGGCUGGACGUGGUCAGAAGGGUCAGCACGCGCACGGAAAGGUGCCGGCGGGCUUCGAGGGAGGUCAGACGCCGCAAUGGAUCACGAACCCUGAGCGCGGCCGGGGGAAGUACAAUCCGUUCAAGGUGGAGAUGAGCCCAAUCAACCUGGACCGCAUACAGAGCUGGAUCGACCAGGGGAGACUCGACCCAAGCAAGCCGAUCACAAUGAAGGAGCUGGCCAAGAGCAGGUGUCUGCACGGCGUCAAGAGGCACGGCGUCAAGCUGCUGGCGAAGAACCCAGAGCAGCUCACGACCCCCAUCAACAUCAUCGUCUCGCGCGCCUCCGCCGAAGCCAUCGCCCGCAUCGAAGCCCUCGGCGGCAGCGUCACCACACGCUUCUACAGCCCAACCUCGAUCAAACGCGUUCUGCGCGGCGACUCGCACCCCACCAUCUCGCUGUCCGCCUCGCCCUCGCUCAUCUCGCUCUCAGCUUCGCACACGCCCUCGCUGAUCCCCUCGCCCAUCCUCUCCGCGCUCGCCGCCUCGACCGCCGACGCGGAGAAGAAGGAAGCCCUGGGCGCGGUGAUGCGGCAGGUGGGGCAACAGUACCGCUACAGGCUGCCCGAUGCAACGGGCCGCAAGGACAUUGAAUACUACCGCGAUCCGGCGCACAGGGGCUAUCUGGCCUACACGCUCAAGGAGAACGAGAGCCCCAGUUUGUUCUUCAAGCCCCCGCGCGAGGCAAAGGACAAGAAGAAGCAGAGCGCCAAGCGCGACGCCGCCAAGGCGUCUGCCGAGAACAGGCUGUUCUAA